ACAGUGUUUAUAGGAAAUUUAAUACCUUUUCUUUGUAAUCUGUCUAUUUGAUGCUAUAAUCUGUAAUAUAAAAAGGUUGUGCAAUGACACGGUAUUAGCGACCAUCUUAUCCUCUUCCAUGGCUUUCUCCGUAACAAGAACAAGUAGAGGACUAGUUGCGCCAUUUGAGCAGACACCAUCUGCAACUCUUGACCUCUCAAUCAUUGACAGAUUGCCUGUCUUAAGGUGCAAUGCCAGGACGCUGCACGUGUUCAGACAUGGCCCUGAAGCAGCAAGAGUCAUAAGAGAAGCCUUGUCGAAAGCACUGGUUCCUUAUUACCCUCUUGCAGGUAGACUUAAGGAGUCUAGCCAGGGUCACCUUCAGAUUGAAUGUUCUGGAGAAGGUGUAUGGCUUGUCGAGGCAUCUGCUAGUUGUAAUCUUGAUUCUGUUGAUUACUUUGAUAGUGUUGAAUCAAUACCUUGUGAUGAGCUUCUUCCUGAUUACGUUCCUGAAACUCCUGGCAUUGAGCCACUUGUCCAGAUGCAGGUUACACAAUUUGCAUGUGAAGGUUUUGUGAUCGGACUCAUAUUCUGCCACAGCAUUUGCGAUGGCUUAGGGGCUGCACAAUUCUUGAAUGCAGUUGGGGAGCUAGCUAGAGGUCUUGAGCAUCUCAGUAUUUCACCAGUUUGGUGUAGGGACUUUUCUCCACCACCAUCUCAACAAGCAAACAUUACCAAGCUACCUAUAUUGCCACCACCAAUGCCCAGUUACAGGCUUGAGCAUGCUAAUAUAGACAUUUCGAUGGAUCAAAUUAGUCAGCUCAAAAAACAGUAUUUUGAGUCAACGGGGAGAAUUUGCUCCUCGUUCGAAGUUGUAGCUGCUACAUUUUGGAGACAACGAACAGUAGCAAUAAACUUCAAGCCAAGCACAGAAGUCAAGCUUGUUUUCUUCGCGAAUUGUCGCCAAGUUCUAGACCCUCCAUUGCCUAAAGGAUUCUACGGCAACUGUUUCUUCCCAGUAACAAUCACAGCUUCAACUGAGUCACUGGCACAGGCAUCAGACAUUGAAGUGGUGAAACUCAUACAAGAAUCAAAGGCCAAGUUACCAAUAGAAUUUGGCAAUUAUAUAAAGGGUGAGUAUUUAAAGGACGGUGAGGACCCUUUUGCACCACCUCUAGUUUACACCACACUGUUCAUCUCAGAAUGGGGCAGGUUGGGAUUCAACCAGGUGGAUUACGGUUGGGGUCCUCCUGUGCAUAUUGUCCCGAUUCAAGGGUCUAGCAUCAUACCUGUUGGCAUUGUAGGAUCAUUGCCAUUGCCCAGGAAAGGCAUAUGUUUGAUGACUUGGUGCGUUGAGGAAGUCCAUCGUCAGGAAUUCAUUCAUCAGAUGAUGAAAUCAACUUGAAUAUCUUCUUUGUCCAAGAUCCAAAAGAAGCAAAAUUUAAUGUUUCUUUCUUGCUCGAGCUUGUCGAGUUGUUUCUUCCAAUAAACAUUGUAAAAUUGUGAAAAUAUGGGCUUCAUUCCGAAACACAGGCUUUUUAUCUUAAAAUGUGGUAUGAAUAAGGAAUCAGCCCAAACUUCAUGUUUAGCACUGUUGUUAAUAUAACAUUCAAACUUGGAUAAUGGAUUCUAUUCCAUA